CUUUGAGAGAAAACACAAUGGAAAGUGAAAUGUCGCAGACGCUGCGCUCAGGAAUUCAUCAUGGCGACUAAGUGGCGCAAAAAGUAGGAACCAUACAGAGGGAUGUAGUGAAGUUUCUCCAACCCAGGAUCCUCUGCUGAUAUCUUCUAUAUAAGAGAAUUCUCCUGGAUGACCCAUCAACCAUGAAGAGAGACAGGAACAAGAUGGCCGACAGGAUAAUAGACCUCACCCUACAGAUACUCUUCCGGCUUACUGGAGAGGAAUACACAGUAGUGAAGAAGUCCUCUAGUGGGCGCUGUCAGGCCCCUGUGUGUGAAGGAUGGGGAAGAAUCCUGAGCCCAAUCCCAGGGCCCCCACCUCACUCCCUGAUACAUGAGGAAAUGGAUGAACAGAAGAUCCUAGAACUGAUCAACAAGAUGAUGGAGCUGCUGACUGGAGAGGUUCCUAUAAGGUGUCAGGACGUGGCGGUCUAUUUCUCCAUGGAGGAGUGGGAGUAUGUAGAAGGACACAAGGAUCAGUACAAGGAUCAGGUGAUGAUGGAGGAUCAGCAGCCCCUCACAUCAGCAGUCAGAUCCAGUAAGAGAACAGCAGCAGAGAGGUGUCCCCGUCCUCUUCUUCCACAGGAUCAGGAUCAGCUUAUGAAUCAGGGAGAGAAUAUGAACAAUAUUAAUGCUCCAGAGACAGAUGUGAGCGGUGAUGAGCAGUAUAAGGAGGACAUUCCUACAGGGAAAGAUCUGAUCAAUAUUAAUCCUACAGACAUAAAGAAAGACGAAAAAGAAGAGGCCGAUGGGAGCGGUGAUGAGCAGUAUAAGGAGGACAUUCCUACAGGGAAAGAUCUGAUCUAUAGUAAUGCUACAGACAUAAAGGAGGAAGAAGAAGAAGAAGAGACAGAUGUGAGCAGUGAUGAGCAGUAUAUGGAGAACAUUCCUACAGGGAAAGAUCUUCUCUAUAUUAAUGCUACAGACACAAUAGUAAAAGAAGAAAAAGAGGCAGAUGUGAGCAGUGAUGAUCAGUAUAAGGAGGACAUUCCUACAGGUAACUGCCCAGAAAAUCCCAACAAGAAUUCUGAGGGAAACUUCAGGUUAUCGCUGAAUUAUAAAGUAGAAGCUGAAGAUAUGAUGGAGCGCUCCUCAGGAGAAGACCCCCUAACCCCUAAUGUCCAUCCAGAUCUAUCAUAUAAUCCCCCUGAUCAUAAGGGACCUCCUCCCGACCAAUCACAGGUUGUUACCUCAAGGACAGAUCAGAAAGGGGAGAAAAGGUUUCAAUGUGAUGAAUGUGGAAAACAGUUUACAAGAAGAUCACAUCUUUGUACACACAGAAGUCACACAGUGGAGAAGACAUAUUCAUGUUCAGAAUGUGGGAAAUGUGUAGAAAAAUCAAGUAUUGUUCUACAUGAGAGAAGUGACACAGGAGAGAAGCUAUAUUCAUGUUCAGAAUGUUGGAAAUGUUUUAGACAGAAAUCACAUCUUGCUAUGCAUGAUGAAAGUCACACAGGAAAAAAGCCUUUUUCAUGUUCAGAAUGUAGGAAAUGCUUUUCUUAUAAAUCACACCUCCUUAGACAUGAGAGACGUCACAGAGAAAGAAAGUAUUCAUGUACAGAAUGUGGGACAUGUUUUAUACAGAAAUCAAAACUUAUUAAGCAUCAGAAAAUUCACACAAAAGAGAAGCUAUAUUCAUGUUCAGAAUGUGGGAAACGUUUUACAAGUAAAUCAGAUCUGGUUAUACAUGAGAGAAUUCACACAGGAGAGAAGCCAUAUUCGUGUCCUGAAUGUGGGAAAUGUUUUAGAAGUAAUUCACAAUUGGUUUCACAUGAGAGAUCUCACACAGGAAAGAAGCCAUAUUCAUGCUCAGAAUGUGGGAAAUGUUUUUCACAUAAAUCAAAUCUGGUUUUACAUGAGAGAAUUCACACAGGAGAGAAGCCAUAUUCAUGUUCAGAAUGUGGGAAAUGUUUUACACAUAAAUCACGUCUGGUUUCACAUGAGAGAAUUCAUACAGGAGAGAAGCCAUAUUCAUGUUCAGAAUGUGGUAAAUGUUUUAUAAGUAAAUCACAUCUGGUUUACCAUGAGAAAAUUCACACAGGAGAAAAGCCAUAUUCAUGCUCAGAAUGUGAGAAAUUUUUUACAAGUAAAGAAAGUCUUGUUUCACAUGAGAGAAUUCAUACAGGAGAGAAGCCAUAUUCAUGUUCAGAAUGUGGUAAAUGUUUUAUAAGUAAAUCACGUCUGGUUUACCAUGAGAAAGUUCACACAGGAGAGAAGCCAUAUUCAUGCUCAGAGUGUGGGAAAUGUUUUAUAAGUAAAGCUAAUAUGGUUAUACAUGAGAGAAUUCACACAGGUGAGAAACCAUAUUCGUGUUCGGAAUGUGGGAAAUGUUUGAAAAGUAAAGUAAGUCUGGUUAUACAUGAAAGAAUUCACACAGGAGAGAAGCCAUAUUCGUGUUCAGAAUGUGGGAAAUGUUUUAAAAGUAAACAAAGUCUGGUUAUACAUGAGAGAAUUCACACAGUAGAUAAGCCAUUUUCAUGCUCAGAAUGUGGGAAAUGUUUUAUAAGUAAAGCUAUUCUGGUUAUACAUGAGAGAACUCACACAGGUGAGAAGCCAUAUUCCUGUUCAGAAUGUGGGAAAUGUUUUACACAUAAAUCAUGUUUGGUUAUACAUGAGAGAAUUCAUACAGGUGAGAAGCCAUAUUCAUGCUCUGAAUGUGGUAAAUGUUUUGCACAGAAAUCCAACCUUGUUAAGCAUGAGAUAAUUCACACAGGAGAGACGCUCCUACUCACCAUGGCUUAUUUUCAGGGGACGUCUUAUGCAUGCAUGACGCCCUGCAUAUCAGCUGCCGUCCUGAGACAUGCUGCCGCUGCACAGAAGUCACAUCCCUCUGAUCAGCUGGGACACGCUGCCCCGUAUGUCGGCUUCCGUCCCGGGAUCAGCUGGGACACUGGACACGGCGCUGCUGUAAGGACAUCUCUACAGUACAGUACAUGUCAAGAAGGGCUGCCCAUCUUCAUUAGCUUUAAUAAGCCACGCCUACCACCAUGGCUUAUUUUUGGGCUUAUGAAUCAGGGAGAAGAUAUGAACAAUAUUAAUGCUCCAGAGACAGAUGUGAGCGGUGAUGAGCAGUAUAAGGAGGACAUUCCUACAGGGAAAGAUAUUAACUAUAUUAAUGCUAUAGACAUAAAGGAAAGAGAAGAGACACAUGUGAGCAGUGAUAAGCAGUAUAAUGAGAACAUUCCUACAGGGAAAGAUCUGAUCAAUAUUAAUCCUACAGACAUAAAGAAAGACGAAAAAGAAGAGGCCGAUGGGAGCGGUGAUGAGCAGUAUAAGGAGGACAUUCCUACAGGGAAAGAUUUAAUCUAUAUUAAUGCUACAGACAUGAAGGAAGAAGAAGAGACAGAUGUGAGUGGUGAUGACCAGUAUAAGAAGGACUUUCCUACAGGGAGAGAUCUGAUCUAUAUUAAUACUACAGGCAUAAAGGAAGAAGAAGAGACAGAUGUGAGCAGUGAUGAGCAGUAUAAGGAGGACAUUCCUACAAGAAAAGAUCUGAUCUAUAUUAAUGCUACAGGCAUAAUAGUAAAAGAAGAAAAAGAGGCAGAUGUGAGCAAUGAUGAGCAGUAUAAGGAGGACAUUCCUACAGGUAACUGCCCAGAAAAUCCCAACAAGAAUUCUGAGGGAAACUUCAUGUUAUCGCUGAAUUAUAAAGUAGAAGCUGAAGAUAUGAUGGAGCGCUCCUCAGGAGAAGACCCCCUCACCACUAAUGUCCAUCCAUCAUACAAUCCCCCUGAUCAUAAGGGACCUCCUCCCAACCAAUCACAGGUUGUUACCUCAAGGACAGAUCAGAAAGGGGAGAAAAGGUUUCAAUGUGAUGAAUGUGGAAAACAGUUUACAAGAAGCUCUCAUCUUUGUACACACAGAAGUCACACAGUGGAGAAGACAUAUUCAUGUUCAGAAUGUGGGAAAUGUGUUGAAAAAUCAAGUAUUGUUCUACAUGAGAGAAGUGACACAGGAGAGAAGCUAUAUUCAUGUUCAGAAUGUUGGAAAUGUUUUAGACAGAAAUCAAAUCUUGUUAUGCAUGAUGAAAGUCACACAGGAAAAAAGCCUUUUUCAUGUUCAGAAUGUAGGAAAUGCUUUUCUUAUAAAUCACACCUCCUUAGACAUGAGAGACGUCACAGAGAAAGAAAGUAUUCAUGUACAGAAUGUGGGACAUGUUUUAUACAGAAAUCAAAACUUAUUAAGCAUCAGAAAAUUCACACAAAAGAGAAGCUAAAUUCAUGUUCAGAAUGUGGGAAACGUUUUACAAGUAAAUCAGAUCUGGUUAUACAUGAGAGAAUUCACACAGGAGAGAAGCCAUAUUCGUGUUCUGAAUGUGGGAAAUGUUUUACAAGUAAAGAAUGUCUGGUUUCACAUGAGAGAAUUCACAAAGGAGAGAAGCCUUAUUCAUGUUCAAAAUGUGGGAAAUGUUUUACACAUAAAUCACGUCUGGUUUCACAUGAGAGAAUUCACACAGGAGAGAAGCCAUAUUCAUGUUCAGAAUGUGGUAAAUGUUUUAUAAGUAAAUCACAUCUGGUUUACCAUGAGAAAAUUCACACAGGAGAGAAGCCAUAUUCAUGCUCAGAAUGUGGGAAAUGUUUUACAAGUAAAGAAAGUCUGGUUUCACAUGAGAGAAUUCACACAGGAGAGAAGCCAUAUUCGUGUUCAGUAUGUGGUAAAAGUUUUAUAAGUAAAUCACAUCUGGCUUACCAUGAGAAAAUUCACACAGGAGAGAAGCCAUAUUCAUGCUCAGAAUGUGGGAAAUGUUUUAUAAGUAAAUCACAUCUGGUUAUACAUGAAAGAAUUCACACAGGAGAGAAGCCAUAUUCAUGUUCAGAAUGUGGGAAAUGUUUUAUAAGAAAAUCAUAUCUGGUUAUACAUGAGAGAAUUCACACAGGAGAGAAGCCAUAUUCAUGUUCAGAAUGCAGGAAAUGUUUUAAAAGGAAAUCAGAUCUGGUUAUACAUGAGAGAAUUCACACAGGAGAGAAGCCAUAUUCGUGUUCAGAAUGUGGUAAAUGUUUUAUAAGUAAAUCAGAUCUGGUUAUACAUGAGAGAAUUCACACAGGUGAGAAGCCAUAUUCUUGUUCAGAAUGUGGGAAAUGUUUUAAAAGUAAAGCAAGUCUGGUUAUACAUGAGAGAAUUCACACAGGAGAGACGCCAUAUUCUUGUUCAGAAUGUGGGAAAUGUUUUAGAAGUAAAGCAAGUCUGAUUAUACAUGAGAAAAUUCACACAGGAGAGAAGCCAUUUUCAUGCUCAGAAUGUGGGAAAUGUUUUAAAUGUAAAGUAGAUCUGGUUGUACAUGAGAGAAUUCACACAGGAGAGAAGCCAUAUUCCUGUUCAGAAUGUGGGAAAUGUUUUACACUUAAAUCAUGUUUGGUUAUACAUGAGAGAAUUCACACAGGUGAGAAGCCAUAUUCAUGCUCCGAAUGUGGUAAAUGUUUUGCACAGAAAUCCAACCUUGUUAAGCAUGAGCUAAUUCACACAGGAGAGACGCUCCUGUGAGGAGAGAGAUUUCGAUAUUGAGAUUGUGGGAAAAUACAUUUAGGGAAAUUACAAGGAAAUGAAAUCUUUCAAACUCACAGAAUUUAUAAGAAGAAAAAACAGGUUCUUGUUAGGAAUAUGGGAAAUGAAAGGAUUUACAGCUCCAGGACCUCCCACAGUUCAUUAGGGUUAUGAUGCUAUAACUCGGGUUCUGAUAAACCAUUGAAGGUUGGAGUGUUGAGUCUAUAGUUUAGAUAUAAAGAAGCCCCCAUAUUGUGCCCUCCUGGAAUCUGCCUUAAAGGGGUACUCUGCUGCUAGACAUAUUAUCCCCUAUUCUAAGGAUAGGAUAUAAGAUGUCUGAUUGCGGGGGUCCCACUGCUGGGAUCUACCGCAGCACCCGCCGGGUUCCUGUGGCAAUGGUCGUAACGUCACGGCCACGCUUCUCAUGAUGUCACAUCACGCCCCCUCCAUUUAUGUCUAGGGCAGGGUACAUACCUGUCAAAUGCCCCCUCCCAUAGAUAUUAAGUGAGGGGGCGUGGUGUGAUGUCACAAGGGGGCGUGGCCGUGACGUAACGAUCACUGCAGCAAGAACCCGGUGUUUGUUUAAAAGAGAGUUUGUUUAAAAGAUGUCUAGAAGCGGAGUACUCCUUUAACUUAAUUCUGCAGAACAUUCAAAUUAGAUCUGUGCUUGACAAUCACUGGGGAAUUCUUCUGACAUUCAACCCCAUUGUUUACUGCAGUAUUCACGAUUAUUUCAUUUUUUUUUUUUAACUAAUAGGGGAUACAUUUUUAGCAGUGUUUUAUUUGAUUUCCUUUAUAGCAUCUGUUUUUUUUACUGUAUGUCUGUCAUAUAAAUUGCUAUUACUUAUAAAAAUUACUUAUACGACCUGUAACAUUAUUUGUUUUAAUAAAAACUCCCAUAUUAAACACCUUCAUAUCAAUUAGGAUCCUUUAUCAUAUGACCUUGAGGACUGUGGUUUCGUUUACAUCAUCCUAAGCGAUUGUAGGGGGAGGUACUUCCUAUUAAACAAUAUCUAGACCAGUGGUCUCAAACUUUGACCCUCCAGAUGUUGUAAAACUUUAACUCCCAGCAUGCCAACGGCUGUCCCGGCAUACUUGGAGUUGAAGAUUUUCAACAUCUGGAGGGCCACAGUUUGAGACCACUGUCUUGCAGUAUAGAACCAUGACAACUGGUGUCUAUUCUACAGACACACAGCUCAGUAAAGAACCAGCACAGGUAACUAUAUCACAGAUUCACAGCUCUUACAGUAAAGAACCAGCACAGGUGACUAUAUCACAGAUUCACAGCUCUUAUAGUAAAGAAGCAGCACCUGAGGUGACUAUAUCACAGAUUCACAGCUCUUACAGUAAAGAACCAGCACAGGUGACU